AGAUUAGUACAAAAAAGUUCACACUAUAUUAAAAAUUUAUAUUAUUAUCUAUUUGAUAUGAGUGCAGUCAAAACAAACAAUCCACAGCAUUUCCCCUUUUUCCUCCCAUCAUCCAUAAAGUUAGCCAACUCAAAAAAAAGAAAGCCAACAUACAAACAACUCAAAAACAUUCUUUCCUUGCAUCAAAGACAGCUGCAGACAAACUAGGUGAAUUUUCUCCAUCACUUUGCCUUUUUGUAAUAACCCCCCCUUUUUUUCCUUCUUCAGAAACAUCCAUGGAUAGUGCUCAAUGGACGCAGGAAUUCGGAGUUGCAAGAUCCAUGGCAGAAGGUGGUCCAAAUGCAUGCAGCAGCAAGCCAUCAACAGAAAGGAAAGUGAGGCCACAGAAAGAUCAAGCCAUAAAUUGCCCAAGAUGCCACUCCACAAACACCAAAUUCUGCUACUACAACAACUACAGCCUCACCCAGCCUAGAUACUUCUGCAAGACCUGCCGCCGCUACUGGACCGAGGGCGGAACCCUAAGGAAUGUUCCCGUCGGCGGCGGUUCUCGCAAGAACAAGAGAUCUUCCUCCUCCUCCUCAAUCAUCACCCCUCACAAGCUCCCUGAUCUCAACCCUCCAUUCUCAUCUCAAAACCCUAACCCUAAAAUCCAUGACCAAGCCGGCCAGGAUCUCAAUCUAGGGUUCCAACCUGAUUACACCCACUUCCUCGACACCAGCAAUGCAAACACUUCCUCUUCCACAACCACUACUCCUCUCUCACCCCUAAAUUUCUUCACCAACGGCGGCAUUGCAGCCAGGGGCUUCUUUCCUCUUCACGAUCAAAACAGUGCCAUCUUCGCAUCAGCUGGUUUCCCGUUCCAAGAAUGCAAGCCGCCGCAGCUGUCGUUCCCCGUCGCCGUCGGUGGGAGCCGAACGGAGAGCUCGUACAACGUGCCUCAAGAGAAUAACGCUAAUAUUGGAAGCCUCAUGUUUACGUUGGGUGCAGCCAGACGAAACUCCAGCGAUCAAGAUCAAGAUAAGGGCCACGAGAAUUCCAAUGGAUUCUGGAAUGGAAUGUUAGGUGGAGCUUCUUGGUGAAGAACCUUUUCUUUUUAUAAAAAAAGUUAAUUCCAAAUUUAUUUCUUGUUUUUUGUCAAUCUUUUUCUUAAUUUCUCUAGUGUCAUGGUUGGUUAGCUGUUUGGGAGUUGUUCAGAACUAACAUACAUACUGCAUAAAGUGUUUAUGUAUUUCUUAGUGUUUUUUUUUUUUUUUAAUUUCACUUUUAAGUAGUAAUUGAGGCCAACUAGGUAGCUUCAAUUGCUUAAAGUGAGCUUCUAGUACUAUUCGUUAUCUUACCAAAAUUAAAGUUGUUGCUUAUUUUGUGCACAUUAUUGUAUUAAUUAUUCUCCUCUUAAAUGUUUGAGAA